AUGAUCCAAACUUCUGGCAGAACACAGGAGAUGAUACUGAGAACAGAUUUCCAUGUAUAUACUUCAAAGUUGUGAAUUUCAAGGGCUCUAAAACAACUCACAAAAAUGUUAUUGUGGACAGAGAGAAUACCACACUGAUCCAGAUAGGAUCAGAGCACAGCUAUAUACCUGUAAUGAUGCAGACAUACCUGAGUCCCCUCCCUCAGAGUUUCUGGGACAAGGAUAAUCUGCCAGGACUGUCACAGUAUGUCGAUAAAUUGGAGAACUGCAUACUACCCCACCUUACAUCCAGAAUAGGAUGCAAGUCCUUGAAAUCUGUGCCCCCAGCUGUUCUUGUUGCUGGACCAGUUGGAAGUGGAAAAACUACUCUUAUUGUUUCUGUUGCUAGGAAACUGGGUAUACAUGCAUUCAAGGUGAAUUGUCACGCUUUGUUUGGUGAGUCAUCUGGUACGACAGAGGCUAAGAUGAAAAACGCAUUCAAUGCAGCUGGGCUUUAUUCACCGUGCAUUUUGUUGUUACAAAGCAUCCAUGCCCUGGGUAGGGACAGGGACGGCAAUACUGAAGACCCACGUGUUGCGAGCAGUUUUCUCAGCAAUGUCAUGCAGUUAAAAAAUGAUCUACAGCAGUACCCAAUGAUCGUCGUGGCAACCACACACUCCAACAAAGAUCUCACACAUGACAUGCUUGAGUGCUUCCUACACCAAGUCCAGAUCGAGGUUCCAAACGAGCACGAGAGAGGGGAAAUUGUUGAUUCCCUGCUGCAGACCAUCAACUACAGUGGAAAUAUUUCUAUAUCAUAUAUAGCUCAGAGAACAGCU